CCUCUCUAAAACUCCUCUUGCUUCUACUUUCUUCACAAAACCCAAACAUGGGUUACAAGGCUUACACAAUACAAAGCCCUUUCUCACAGCCACCGCCUCCUCCGCCGCCUCCUCCUCCACCAAAAACCAACUUGCCCAUGUUGUAUUAUGGUCUCAUAGUUGUUGGAACAGCUGCUACAGUGUUGGCCAUGUACAACCUUGUCUUCAUCAAAUGGACAUCAAACCGCCACGGCGGCCAAGCACCACCGUCGAGAUCAUCAAACACUCUGAUGGAUGCCAACAGAACAAGGAGGGGCAGGAGCUUUGAGAACUUGGACAGCUUUAAGUACAAGAAAAAAGAGGGAUCGGUGACACAACAAGAUGGGGUUGAGAACUAUGUUGAAUGUGCUGUUUGCUUGUCAGCGUUUGAGGAUGGAGAAGAGGUAAGGAAGCUGCCUACAUGCAAGCACUCCUUUCAUGCUCCUUGCAUAGACAUGUGGCUCUACUCUCACUCUGACUGCCCCCUCUGCCGGGCUCCGGUGCCGGUGAUCUCCUGGUGUCAUCGACAGCUAACGACUACGCCGGAGGACAAUUCCAGAGAAGUCUUGCUGGUUUGAAGUUUUGUUUUCAUUUUCAGAUAGAAGAAGAAAGAGAUGAAAUUUUCCAUUUCUUAGUCUUGGGUUUUUGGUGUUUGUUGGGUUGUGAAGUAGGACGGGGAUAACAAGAAAUUUGCAUGGUAGAAAACAAGGAUUAGGUGGACAGUGUACAAAAUUUUGCCUUUCAUUUGGAUCCAAAUUGAGCUGGCAAUGUCUGCCCACUGUUGUAUAUGAUACUGAAUUUUUGGUGCUUAGCUAUAUUAGCUGUAAGUUGCAGACCACGCUCUACUUCUUUCAUCUGAAUAUUCGAAAA